CGUGCGUGCGUGCGUGCGUGUGUGUGUGUGUAAGCUGUUCCUGCAUGGUUCUGAUUAAAACUUAAAGCUACUGAACUUUAAAUGAAAAUGUCUGUUUUCUUUCUAAUUAACAGACAUUAUUUUCUUCCUCUUAAUGAUCGAUGUACAGUCAGCACUUGGAAUUUUUGAAGGAAAACAAGGCCAGGUUUUUUUCGCCUACAAUCAGACAGCUUUAGAACAGAACCGAUUUUACACUGGUGGGAAACUCAUUGCAUGGUCAAUAAUUCAUGGAGGUCCAGGGAUUAAGGUCCUUCAUUCUGCUUUAUAUAUGCUGAUGUGUGGACAGGAAGGGCAAUUGGACAAGUUUGAUUUUCAAGACUUGUCAGAUAAUGAAGUGCACUUUAAGAUGCAACAGAUCCUUCAGUGCACAAGUGUGAGUGACCUCAUUUCACUGAAGGCCAAUCUUGGUGACUGGAUUGCAGAUUGUGGGGUACCCUGGAUCUACAAUGCUGGCCUUUCUGACAUGCUUAGAGUUUACAGCCUUGUCAUUAAACACUUCAUUUAUCUAAGGUAAUCUUGUAUAAACUUCUUAUGAAGACACUGUUAAUUUUAUAGUGUUGGGAGUAGGUCAGCAAUCACUGAUAGAACACGGAAUAGUGAAAUAUAAUUUAGUUUUGUUGACAAGAUGUUACCUUUUUUAAUUUAAAGAGUAACUAAACCCCUUGUCAAAGCCUGACUCCACCCACUGGCAAUAUUUGAAAAAUGCUAGAAAAGUGGGCAGAUCCCAAUGGAGAUAGUGGGGACAAACUGAGCUUGUACCAAUGGUGUGGUGAGAUCGUAACAAGGGCGUGGUGAGCUUGAACCUGCUUAUGUAGGAUCAAACUGCUUACAUCACACCGUACCGCAACAUCCAACAGGAAAAUUCAACUGCAGUAGCCACCGUUCAACCUGAAGAGGGCAGCACUCAGACGUUUUUACACCAUACAUUGUAGCAUUGAAACCCUUUAUACCCAUAUGUCAAAAAAGUUACUCAAAUCAAUGAGCAGCACUAAUAAAGCCCCAUUCUUACAGAUCAUUAACUAUAAAAAGUUGGUUUAGGGUUAAUGUCGGGGUUUUGUGUUGCAUUUAGUUUUGUUCAUUGUUAAUCAUCUUGUUUAGUUCAUUUGUUAUCUCAUUUCAUCAUUAUUAGUCUCACCUGUUUGAUUAUUAGUUAAGUUCUUACACCUGUGUUUAAAUAGUUUGCUCACCCUUUAUAUUCUGCCCUCAUGUGUCUUUCCCUGGUCGGUCGUUGAAUGUAUGUUGCAUGUGAAUCUGUUCUUCGUCAUCAUUGUAUGUUUGAAUAAAGCUCCUGAGUGUAAAUAUAAAGAUUCUAAUUUCCUUGUCGUCAUUAUCAUUGUAGUUAGUAAUAGUAGUAGUAGAGAAUGUGACAGAACGACCAACCUUAAAGUUUAACGUUGCGUUUAGUGUUUCCCCUCCUGUUUCCAGAGUUUUUUAUUAUCCGUAUUAACAGUUUCGUUUUUAGUUUAUUCUCGUUAUGGAUCUCCCCCCUUCAGUUAAAAUCCAAAUUCUGGACCAGGAAGAUCGCUUUCUAGACCUGGCGUGCCUUACCAACUUCACUGAUCACGCGCUCUGUGUUUUCCUGAAAACCAGCCUGAACGAGCGAUCAUGGGCACGUCUUCCAACGGGCGGUCCAGAGAACAACUUCGCCACUUAUGUGGAGUGGGUGCUGUUCCACAACAACUCCCCAUUCACCGUCGGCCCCGCCGAUGGGGAGUUUGCAGCCAGCCCCACUUCACCCCCAGAGAUCGACACGCCAACACCCUCCACGGACCUCGAGCCCACCCCGGGCGGAGAACCCGACAACGCGACCAGUGAACCAAAGCGAACCCCUGAGCCCAGCGUCGUUGAGAUCCCGGAUCCCGCUCCCGACCAGGUGCGAGAGCCGAGUUGUCUGGGAUUCGCCGCGGGAGCUGCUGAGGAUGUCGAGGAAGCCAUCCACCUCCACGCUACUGAGGGUGAGCAUAUUACGUCUCUUGGGGAAAUUUUUUCGGACUGUGCUGUGGACAUUUCCCUUUCUUCGUCAGCUCCACUGGUUCCGUCAAGCUCCUCCUCGCCACAGUUGGACCCGCCCAACCUCCUACUCCCGCCUCCUCUGCCUACCUCAGCCAGUCUGAAGCAUCUGCAGCCAUCACAGCGACACGCCCCUGUUCAUCCUCAGCGCGUCUACGCCGCUGGUUCAACUGAUCGGUGGCGUGCCUCUCUGCCAGCUGCUUUCAGGGAGCUCUCCAGUUCUCCGCCUCCGCUCCCUGAGACCAAGAGGUCGCCUCGUCCCGUCGGACCAGUGGUAUCGCUUCAGGUCUCUUCUCCCUCCCCUUCGUCGGCCCCCAUCUCCACAGCAACAUCACCAGGCAUCGUCACCACUCCGGCUCCGCCCUGGUCGGUCGUCGUCCCGUCCUCGCCUCCGGGUUUUCCUCCUCCCCAAGUGUCCCUCACUCCACCCUUCCAGCUCGUUGGGCUCCUCCCUCCUACGGGCGUUCACCUUGGGACUCCUCUGCUCUGGCUCCGCCUCGUAGCUCCGGUCCACCUCCUACAUCUCGGUCGGGAGACCCACCAGCUCUGCCCCGCCCCUCCGGUUCCUUGGCUCCCCCCGGGUUCUCUGCUCGCACGGCUCCACCCUGGAUCCUCCAAGUGCUGUCAUCGCCGUUGUCCGUCCCCAGGGUGGGUAGCAAGAACAAUACUCCACCCUGGCUCCUCCCACCAGCGACUCCACCCUGGGGCUUCAUCCCGUUCGGUCUCUGGGGCCUGGUCCAGACCCCUCCCUCAUUUUGGACAUUUCUGUUGUUUUGGACUCCCUCCCUCGUCUUGGGAGGGGGGCGUACUGUCAGGGUUUUGUGUUGCAUUUAGUUCUGUUCAUUGUUAA